AUGUCCAAUGCCGCGGCAAACAAUGAUUUGGACACCAAGUCCUACCGCGAGCUCCAGCAGGCGUGUCGAACUGCCAAGCUACCAUCCUCUGGCACGGCAGAAGUCCUUCGAAAGCGACUCCGAGACUCUAUGGAUGCCGAAGAGACAGCUCACCAACCUGCAAAGCGCCACAAGAAAUCGCCGGCGGACGAUUUGAUUUGCCCAAUCAGUUUGGAAUUGCCCUUUGACCCUGUCUUUGCCGAGGACGGCCGUGUCUAUGAGCUCACAUGGAUUGAGGAACACAUCCAGAACCAUCCUUGGGACCUCAAGUCUCCAGUCACCAACCAAAAAAUGGGCAAGAAGCAGGUUCCAGCCAUCCAGCACCGAAACACCAUCGAGACAUUAGUGGAGUCUGGUGUUACUGGUGGAGAUUUGGCCGCCAAUUGGAACGAAAAUGUGGAGCAGGAGAAGAAAAUGGAGGAAUUGCUGGAGAAGGCAGAAGCAGGUGAUGCAGAUGCAAUGUAUAGAGUUGGAUUCUACUACGCGAAAGGCUCAUACGGUUUCACAGAGGGGGUGGUAGAAUUUUGUGGGUUCACUUUUGUGGGUUGUGGGUUGCUCAAACCACAAAAUUAA